GAAUUUUCAGCGCUGCCAAACUGCGCCACAGCUGCCAGACUCUGGCUGAGAAGCCUUUUUGACAAAUGGCCACGCGCAAUUGGAAGGCGCUCAAUUUUUCGCAGAAAGCGAUCUACGCGAGCGCUAUAGUCAACGUUGCGGUGCUCAGCUUUGUUUGGGUGAAGCGACAGAUGAGGAUGGCAGACAAAGAGCAGAAGGAGGUUGAAGAGUUACAGGCAACUAUUGCAGAGGUGUCAGCGGACAACUGGAGUGCAAACAGCCGAUACAGGUGUUUCUUUGCUGCUCAGCAAUACUACCUGCUGAAUUCCAGCAGUCCUGAGGAGGAGACUGUUCCAGAAGCUCGGAAGAUGCUGGACGUGCUGACCCAGUGCCGGGAGGAAUUGUAUCCGAAGAUCCCCAAGGACACUCCCGCCUCUCGGCCAGUUCAGUUCACUGCGACUAUGCCACAGAAGUGAAGGAUUGAUACGGUACGGACGGUACCCUGUAGGUCUCGUCAACUCGAGAGUCCUUAUUGACUGCGUCCAAGAGGAAAAAGGACGACAAUCAAUGCAGCUGCGGC